CGGAGACCUUGGAAUGGGCGGCUCGGGCAAGCUGGACGAUGAGUUGAUGGCCGAGGCUGCGGAGGCGGCGGCGGGGUUUGAGGAGCUGGCCUAGGGGACCCGGGCUGUCCGGAUUGGGACAGUGCCAUGCAUGUGUUAUAAGCCGCGGAUGAUGCUAUGGUGUUGUCUUGAUUGGCACGAAGGCCUUGGGGAACGCACAUGGCACGGGUGGAAGCCCGUGCUCUUCAAUGCGGUGCGGCGUGGUAAGCAUGUUUGGCGCGAAGAUGUUGUGCAGGACGUCCUGGCGCUGGUGCGGGUGACUUCCCGUAAUGUAGGCGGCUACACCUGCGGUUUCCUGCGCUUGCAGUCUUUCAUGUACGUGCUUGUGUGGAAUGGCAGUGAUGAGCGACGCGGUCCUAUGGACCUACCUGUACUGCUGCUUUGUAGGAAGCCUGGACAUAGGACUUGUAGACGUAGGAAACCUGGGACUGCAUGCUGCAACAGCAACCCCCAUGCCUGGACCGAAAUGCACAGUGUGGUGUCAAACUGCUCCUUCUUGGACGAUCAACCACGUCACAUCCCUGCUUCGAGGAAUCAUAGGCAAGAAUACAACCAGUUACACCUACAAACGAGAUGCUACUAAAACGGGCAAACCAUAGUUCGCAAAGAAAACUGAAUGACAUAUCUUGUACUGCCAUGAGAGUAGCUAGCACGCCUUUCCAAUAGCGAUUCUAAAUACUGGUAACACCAUUAUCCGAACAAGUUUAUAUAGGAACAAUCCAUGGACUAGUACCGGUAGUCUGCUACCAUGCCCAACAAAGGGCGACUUACUUGUUAGACUGCCUUGAGACAUGUCAAAAACGCUUGGAGGUGUAGCGCUGGUAGUAUUCCUUCUACAAGUACUUCUCCACCCUGCCUCGGCCGACGCGACGGCCUUAAGUCCGACAUGCGCUAACGCUUUAUCUGAGAGCCUUAACACAAGGCUGGCAGAUUGUGGCGAUACUACGUCCUGUAUCCAAAAUGUGACAGACGCAAGCACACUUGGCGUAUGGCUUGCGCCUGUCCUGCGCACAUCGUGCGUAGCCGACAUGUUCUUUAAUUCCAACAAUACCCUGAAAUGGUUUCAGUAUCCAGCCUGGCACAACGGCCUGAUAUUCAAUUGGCUCUGGGAGACGGCUGCCAGGAUUCCUGCGCUCAGGGGCCGCUUCAGCCAGGCGGUGCCGACCCGCCUGCCACCGCCCGCGGACAUUCCUGACGCGGAAACCAUGCACGCGAUAACGGACGGUAGCAACUCCGCGAACUUCAUCACGGAGGAUGUCUCGGGGCAGUCUCUGGGGGUCUUCCUGAGCUCCCAGCAGGAGUACCAGAGCGGCCAUACCUCCGGCCUGGGCUUUAACCACCUGCCGGAGAACGCCUGCGCCGACACCACCCAGCCCACCGGCCCGCUCCACCCGCGCACCUACCUGAUGCUCUUUUACCGCCCCGACGCGCUCGCAGCCCUGCAUGCCGCCGGCCACACCACCUCCGCAUCCCCGCCGGAGGACUGGGACGCCAUGCUGGACCUCCUGCGGGCCCAUGCAGCUGCCGCCAAUGCCACCCGCAACGCAAGCGCUGUUGGCGCCAACAGCAGCCUGCCUCGCUACGGUCUGUGCCUCACCACCGACCCGGGUUGCGGUCGCCUAGGCGAUGUGUUUGCAGCGGUGGCUGCCAGCGUGCUGCAGACCGCGGGGACGCAGCAGGGCUACGUGUUUGACCUGAGUGUGGCGCCGCCGGCGGUGGUGCAGCUGGUCAAUGGUACGGGCUGGCGUUACGCCGCCACGCUGCUGCAACAGCUGCUGUGGUACAAUGCACCGGAGGCGGCCGUCGGUAUUGCUACCAGUAAUAGCAGCAGCAGCGGCAUGACGUGCAGGGGCGUGAGCCAGGCGUUUGUUACCGGCGAGUGCCUAAUGACGUUGGAGUGGGACGCCGCGCUGCCCGUCAUGUCGGCUGCAGCGGCGUUGAAGGCGAAUGGAAGCCUGGCUGUGGCGCCGCUGCCCGGCAGUCGCUGGGUGGUGCGGCGGACGCCCUCGGGAACCGCGGACGGCAGUCCCGGGGAGGCGGAGGCCCUGACGCCCUGCACUGCGGAGCUCUGCGCCCUCAGCGGCAGACAUGACCUGCUGUACUUGAACCAGACGGACUUCAUGAUAAACACAACCGCCCCCUCUGAUGGCUCAGUUGUUUCCAUGGCAACUGCGGCGGCCGCAGCGGCUGCAGCUGCCGAGAGCAGCAACUCGGUGCUCGGAGCGUUCGCAUCGUUGGAGGCGGCGGAGCUGGCGAGGCGGGGGGUGGUGCCCCUGCCGCGGUACAACCGGGCGCCCUACUCGGCCUCGUAUGCGAUGACCGUUCGAACCAGUUACGCAGGCUAUGGCAUGGACGGCAUCACCAUCGCGGGGGUGGCUGCCAUACAGCAGUCCGUUCUGGACCAGCUGGACUCCUUCCGCAGCGGCCGCCAGGAGGUGUGCGACGCGCUGCGGCGGCCGCUGGGCUACACGGUGCACCUGACGGGCGACAAACAGAACUGCAGCGGGUAUGCGGCGGCGGGCUGGUGGCAGGCGCUGGAGGCGGCGGCGGCGGUGGCGGGGGCGGGAAGAGGAGGUGGAGGCAGCCUGGAGCUGGCGGAGGCGGCGAAUGCGACUGCGGAGCUGGCGGCGGCUGUUGGGUCGGGUGAUGUGGGUAUGGCCGGGGGGUACCUGCGUGCGCUGUGGCAUGUGGUGCACCAUCCGAAUGCGGCGCCGGAUAUGCAGUCGCCGGUGCCGGUCAACUGGUACAAGUACGCGCUCAGCUACUCGGCGCUGCUGCUGCUGCCCAACACCUCCUCCUCCAACACCGCCUCCUCCUCCAACACCUCGACGUCGACCGCACCAACCACCACCAACCAAACGCUGCACCAGACCGACGACACCAGCGCCGCCAUCGCGCUGCUGACGCGGCUCUUUGCUGACGCGGCGACCGCAUUCGGGUCGGAGACGCUGCGCGAGGCCUACGUGGCGUCCAUCUCCGCCCCCGCCUGGCAGCCACCCAGCUCAGCUGGUGGUGAGGAGGACGAUGGCGGCGGCAGGGGGCUGGGCUCCGGUGGCCUGGCGGCCAUCGCCACCUCCCCCGCGGUGGCGGUUGUGGGCGGGGUGGUGGCGGUUGUGCUGCUGGUGCUGCAGCGGCGGCGGCGGCGGCGGCACCGGGACCUGCUGGGGCGGGUGGUGGCUCCGCGGGUGGGGCCGGAUACCACACUGCUGGUCACGGACGUCCAGAACAGCACCCUGCUGUGGGAGCAGCUGCCGGUUCACGUGAUGGACCUCACGCUCAAGCUGCACCACUGCGCCAUCCGGAGGCAGAUCGCGGAGUACGACGGAUACGAGAGCGCUACGGAGGGCGACUGCUUCAUCGUCGCCUUCGCGGACCCGGGCAGUGCGGUGGCGUUUGCGAUCAACACGCAGGUAGAGCUCAUGCGUCUGGACUGGCCGCCCGAGCUGCUGGAGCACCCGGACGCAGCGCCCCUCGUGGUGGCGCUGGCCGACCCACGGGUCGCCUGCCAUGCCGCACUGGGCCUGCCCAUACAGCCCGUCCCCAUGACGCCGCCCCUCAGCCCCCAUGGCCAGCCUAGCCCCCUGCGCAUUGGCACCAGCCACCACCACCCGCACUACCCGCUGUCAUCGGUGCUGCUGUCCGGAGGUUCCCAGGCCAGUGUAACGACCAACCACCUCUUUUCAACCGUCAACAGCGGCCGUUAUCUCGGCGGCAGCAGCCAUUGCUACCCCUCUGGCGGUGUCCCCACCAUCCUGUCCACUUGCACGACCGCCACGAUUAACAACAUGUCAGUUGAGGAGGC